AUGGAGGAGAAUGAGAUCGUGGAAGCAACGGCGAUGACGCACAGAGUCCACGCAAACGCAACUAUUAUGUUGAGUGCCCAAGACGCCGACACCCAGAGUGGGUGGUUGAAGGCCGCUUGCUUGGAUGCGCCUACAAUGCCUUCCGGUUUAUACCGGAAGGCAUCCCGUUGUGAUGCUGGCACUUGCGAGCUGGCAGCGGUUCACCGCAUAUUUUCUAACUAUGUUAGGAUGCCUGCACUGCAUAUCGACACCCAACCCAACUGA